UUUUCUUUCUCAAUUUUAGUCAUGGCAACAUUUGAUAAUCAUGUAGAACAACCUAUGGUUAUCAUUGUUGGUGGUGGGCCUGGUGGUCUUGCUACAUCUGCAUGUCUAAAUAAAUUGUGUAUACCAAAUCUCAUUCUUGAAAAAGAAGAUUGUUACUCUCCUAUGUGGAAAAAAUAUUCUUAUGAUAGAGUUCAUCUUCAUUUGGCUAAACAAUUUUGUCAACUUCCUUUGUUUCCUUUUCCUUCUUCUUCACCAACUUAUGUACCAAAAAAACAAUUCAUUCAAUACUUGGAUGACUAUGUUACUCAUUUUAACAUCACCCCUUUUUACAAUAGAAAUGUUGAAUUUGCUGAAUUUGAUGUUAUUACUGAAAAAUGGAAUGUUAAGGUUAGAAAUGGUAAUUCUGGUGAAAUGGAAGAGUAUUUUUGUAAGUUUCUUGUUGUAGCUACUGGUGAAGCUAGUUACCCUUUUAUCCCUGAUGUUCCUGGAUUGACAAGUUUCACUGGAGAAGCUAUUCAUUCUACUCAAUACAAGAAUGCUGAAAAGUAUAAGGGUAAAAAUGUCCUAGUUGUUGGUUGUGGAAAUUCAGGCAUGGAAAUUGCACUUGAUCUUGCUAAUAAUGGUGCUAAUACUUCAAUCAUUGUUCGAAGCCCGAUGCACUUGAUAUCAAGAGAAAUGGGAUAUUUGGCGCUGAUGUUGUUGAAGUACAAAGUUGCACUUAGAGUGGUUGACACUAUAAUGGUGAUGUUAAGCAAGUUGAUGUAUGGAGAUAUAAGCAAGUAUUAUGGUGUGAAAAGGCCAGAAGAAGGACCAUUUGCUUGUAAAGUUAAGUAUGGGAAGUAUCCUGUUUUUGAUGUGGGGACUUAUCGAAAGAUCAAGUCUGGUGAAAUUCAGGUGUUACCUGCAAUGAGAAGCAUAAGAGGAAAUGAUGUUGUGGUGGAAAAUGGUAAAAUUCAUCAAUUUGAUGGUAUUGUUUUUGCUACUGGUUUUAAGAGAACUACUCACAAGUGGCUUCAGGGAGAUGAUUAUCUAUUGAAUGAAGAUGGAUUACCAAAGCCAGAAUUUCCACAACAUUGGAAGGGGAAGAAUGGACUCUAUUGUGUGGGGCUAUCAAGAAGAGGACUUUAUGGGAUUGCAUUUGAUGCUCAAAACAUAGCCACUCAUAUCAACUCUCUGCUCUCUGAAUAAUUAUUUGUUGCUUUUGUUGAGGGAAAGUUUUUAGUCUUAGACAUGAAGGGAUGUUAAUGUUGGUUAGUUAAAUUAAAAUAUGAGAUCUAUUUUCUAUGUAAUGUGAGGAUAAAAAUUAUUAUCUCUUUACAAUUUACAUAAUAGACUUAUUUUGCUUAAGAGUCA